AUGCCAGACAUGAAGCCGUCGCCGUCACGGACGGUUUUGGUUGCUGAAUCAAAGAGUAAAAUACCAUGUUUCUAUGCAAUCUUACCAGCGGCACUUUUAUUAUGUAUUGUUCUGUUUUUCACAACUUCAUUUUUCUCUCAAAGCUACAAAGAGAAACUAUCAAGUUUCACAAUAAAUCAAAACAUGGGAAGUACUAGUAGUUGCAAGAAGAAGUGCAGGCCUAGUGGAAGCGAGGCGUUACCGGAAGGUAUAGUCGCGAGCACUUCGAGUUUGGAGAUGAGACCUUUAUGGGCUCCUCCUCACAUUAAGAGGGGUCAGCCUCAUCCUGAACCACAUGUUAAGAUGAAUUUAUCAACAAACUUAUUUGCAAUGGCAGUUGGGAUAAAGCAAAAAGAUCUAGUUGACAAGAUGGUCAAAAAGUUUUUAGCAAGUAAUUUCAGUGUAAUGCUUUUCCAUUACGAUGGCAUUGUCGACGAAUGGAAGACAUUCGAAUGGCAUGAUCGUGUUAUUCAUAUAUCCGUAGUCGAUCAAAGCAAAUGGUGGUUCGCGAAACGAUUCUUACACCCCGACAUAGUUGCAGAAUAUGAUUAUAUUUUCCUUUGGGACGAGGACUUAGGCGUCGAAAAUUUCCAUCCUAAGAAGUAUAUUUCUAUUGUCAAAGAAGAAGGCCUUGAGAUAUCACAACCAGCACUUGAUCCUAAACAAUCGGAAGUUCAUCAUCAGAUUACAGCUCUUGGGAGGAGGUCGGAAGUGCACAGGAGAACAUUUAAAGUUGCGGGUAGUGAUGGUAAAGGCUGUGAUGAAAAUAGCACUGCUCCUCCUUGCACCGGGUGGAUAGAAGUAAUGGCUCCUGUUUUCUCAAAAGCUGCGUGGCGUUGUGUUUGGUACAUGAUUCAGAAUGACUUGGUCCAUGCAUGGGGACUAGAUAUGCAACUUGGCUACUGCUCUCAGGGUGAUCGGACAAAAAAUGUUGGUGUCGUGGAUGCUGAAUACAUUGUCCACUACAAUCGUCCCACUCUUGGAGGCAUAGAUAAGACUACGGCUUCAGUUUCAUCUCAGGAAAAGGAAAAGGAUCAUAGAGUUGAUGUAAGGAGGCUGUCAUACCAAGAAUUAGAUAUUUUCCAGAAACGAUGGGAAAAGGCGGUCGAGGAAGAUAAAUGUUGGGUGGAUCCAUUUGAAUAG